UCAAAUUGAUAGUAUGAAUGUGAAUGACAGUUCAACUAAGUCACAAAAAUGUUUGUAGGUAUUUUUUACAUGUGAUAUUAUAAUAUUUUUUUAAACUGACAAUAAAUAAAAUUGGUUUUUUGCAGUUUCCGUGUCUGUAAAUUUAAUGUCCUAUAAUUCUGAUGAAGGCCUAAACCAUGUCAGGCAAAAAAUGUAAACACUGUGGAUCUUCAGAGAUUGAAGUAGAUCCAGCCCGAGGUGAUGCAGUAUGUACAAGUUGUGGUACAGUGUUAGAGGACAAUAUAAUCGUUGCCGAAGUUGAAUUUCAAGAGAACGCUCAUGGUGGUGCAUCGGCGAUUGGACAAUUUGUAUCGGCUGAAUCCAAAGGUGGUGCAACUGGAUUUGGACGAGCAUUCAAUGCAGGCAUUGGGCAAGAAUCCAGAGAAUUAACUUUAAGAAAAGCAAGAGAGGGCAUAACAACAUUGUGUCAGCAAUUACGUCUAAACCAACAAUGUAUAGACAUUGCAUGUAACUUCUUCAAAAUGGCACUUACUCGACAUCUCACUAUUGGACGACCAGCGACACACACACAAGCAGCUUGUGUAUAUAUGACUUGUAGAACAGAGAGAACUGAUCAUCUUUUGAUAGAUAUUAGUGAUGCUCUACAAAUAUGUUGCUACCAACUAGGCCGCACCUACUUCAGAUUAUCGCGGGCGCUCUGCAUUGUAAUACCUCCAACAGACCCAUGCAUGUAUAUCCUGCGUUUCGCGUCGCAGCUGCAAUUCGAAGACAAAGUUCACGAUGUUACCACAACGGCAUUGCGGCUCGUCAAACGGAUGCAAAAGGACUCUAUACAUUCUGGUCGGAGACCAUCUGGAAUUUGUGGGGCAGCGCUUCUCAUCGCUGCCCGAUUGCACAAUUUCUCGCGAACACCCGCCGAUGUUGUUCGGAUAGUGAAGGUUCAUGAGUCGACACUGCGAAAACGGCUGCUGGAGUUCGGGGAGACGCCUUCGAGUGCCCUCACUCCGGACGAGUUUAUGACUGUUGAUUUGGAAGAGGAGCAGGAUCCGCCAGCGUUUAGAGCGGCUAGGAAAAGGGAUAAGGAGAGGCUGCAAAAGCUUAUGGAUGAAGAGGACGGAGAGAGAGAACUAACAGAGCUGCAGAAAGAGAUAGAUGCACAACUCGAGAAGGACAACUCACGGAGGAAAAAAGCGGCCAAUGUCAACACUACUCCAGCUUCUUUGAUAGGCAUAGACGAAGGUACAUCAGAAGAGGCAGAGGCGUCACGGUUCGCAGCUGAGGACACACUCGAACUCAUCGGAGAGAUCGCGAGGGACGUUGAACCGAAGACCGAGACAGUAAAACCUUCUGCCCGGUUAAAACUGGAGAAAGGACUUGGGCCUGAGUUAGCGGUGAUAGGUCUGGGCCCGUCUGACGAGAAAAGUGACAAAUUCAUAAAACCGGAACCGAAACAACAGUUCAGCAAGGACCUUCACAGUGCCGAGGAAUUGCUGCUCAAUGACAAGGAUGAGGAUUACAUCAGCUCGCUUAUCAUGAGCGAGGAUGAGGCGAAACAUAAAACUAUGCUUUGGAAUAAAAUCAACGCCGGAUAUUUGAAGGAGCAAAAAAUAAAAGAAGAACUGCGUGCCAAAGAAAAAGAAGAGGGAAAAGACAAGAAAAAAAAAAUCCGAGGUGCAUACAAAAAGAAGACUACGUGCAGUGCGGCGACCGCCGGCGAGGCGAUCGGUAAAAUGUUAGCAGAGAAGAAGAUCAGCUCGAAGAUUAAUUACGACAUCUUGAAGAGCUUGGACCAGCCUGGAACGCCCCUGCCGGCUGCCCCGGCAACAACUACAGUUGAAACUGCUUCAGAAACAAAGCCUCAAACCUCUGCGGAGACGACGGUGCCUCAGUCGCCGGUACCACGCAAGAGGAAAAAGAAGCAACCGCCUUCGAUAGUGCCGAACCUGUUCGCCCCCUCCACGUCGUCAGCGCCCGCGACACCCGCCCCGCUCACACCAGCUACAUCCGCCCCGGCGACGCCUGCGCCGCCCACGCCGGCUCUCACUGAUGUAGGAGACGACUACGACGACGAAUUGGAAACGGAACCAACGGACACUGGCGGCGAGAUGUCGCUAGCGGCCAUGUUGCAGAACGGCGAGGAAGAGGAUUACUAUGACUACGAAGAAUAUUGAAGUCUGGUGGCUGUAAUUUGCUUUAAAAAACGAGUCAACUUGUUGGCAGCUAAUUGUCAAAUUAGUUGACAAAAAGUUACACACUAAUAAUAUUUGAAACUAUAACCUUCAGCUAAUAAUUUUCAAUCUGGUAAACCUAUCACACACAUAUCUAUAAAAAAGUCGACUUGUUUUUUCAAAGUAUUUGUAUGGAGAAAUCCUGUCUAUAUCCUUGUUAGCACUAAACAGACAGCAUGUAUCUGUAAUUAAUAUGUGUAGUAUUUAUAACAUAAUAAUAAUAAAAAAUUAAACAUCACAGAGCGCCUUCUAGUCAGACUAAUCAAAGCUUGUACUAUGGCUAGUAGACAACUGGUAGAAACACAAGACCAAGCCGUAAUAAACAUUUAUUCUAUGACAAAUGUUUAAAAUAACCAACGUGUAUUUAGGAAGUGUAUACAUUUAUAAGCUCGGGUAAACAGGCCUACUUAUCAGGUAAGACAAUUAGGUCGAUUCUAAGGCGUUAUUUCUGUAAACCAAUCUCUAAAAUUUCAAUUUGAUAUCAUUAUUAUUAUUGUAAGGACUAAUAUAUACUAAUUUUAUAAUAGAUUUAUAAAUUUAUUAUAAAUUUUAUUUAUGAUAGCCCAUAAAAUAGUAAUUUUAUUAAUGUGAAAUUUCGAGAAAUGGCACCUUAGAAUCGGCUCCAAUGAAAAUGAGCUUUUGCGAAACAUGUAUAAAAUAAGUUAUUGUAUAUAAACAUGUUAUAAUGUUAUAAUUAAACAUGUAUAUAUUUAAACAUGUUUAUAACUAGUAUUAUUACAAAUAUGUAUAUAAUAUAUAAUACAUAUAUAAAAUAAUAGUAUAUUAUACUAUAACUUUAAAUCUGUAGUUAACAUUUAUGUAUAUUAGUGUGUUAUAUAAUAUUGUACUUGUACAGUAGGUUAAUAUGUAAUUUAUUUAAAUUCGCCACUGUUUUAUUUAAAUUUUGUAAGUAAUAAAGCAAGAUAUCAAUAUGUUUUUGAUAUCUGUGAAAAUUAAUAAAUUUAUGAUUGUCAGAUAGAGUAGAAACAUUUCGUAAAGUUGCCCUUGUAUCCAAUAGUAUGGAGGUGGCGCUCUCUAGUGUAAAGAGUUUCCAGAUUGUCUUUUUGUGCAUGUGGGUCUAUAUAUACUUAGUCAACGGAUAGAGGGAUUUUUAACAUUGAUUAAAAUGGAGUUUUGGCCCCGUCUGCGAGAUGGUAUACGCUGACAGGAAAUAAAGGGUGAUAGAUAAGGAUGCAGUACAGUUUAAACGUGAUUCAACAAGAUUUUAUUAUGAUGGUUUCUAGGGUAGACUAUGGAAGUCGACCUGACAUGGCAAUAUUAAUUUGAUACUGGAGUGGUUACGAUACUAGGUAUUGCAGCUCCGAUAUCACGAGGGGUUUGAAGCUUAAAAUGUAAAAAAAAACAUGCAGUGUUAAACAAAGUGUCUCAUUUUUCAUAUUUUACCACAUUUGGAUUACAGUUAUGGCAUGGAUGUUAUUUAAAUUACUAUAGAACGCCUUUACGUAUAAUUUUCGCCAUCAUUAUCAUUGAAUAUUUUCGAAAUUCACCAUUUCGAGUUGAGCAUUGCCCAAUAAAUAUUUUCAUAUAUAAUUUUGAACUUAUUAAAAUUUCAUUAUGUAAAUACAUUAUCGUGUAUGUGACAGAUAGGUAUUAAUGAUUUCAUUGUUAUAUUAUUGUUAGUCAUUAUCAUUUGCUGUAAUUAUGGGUAAAUACCCAUAAUUAGUGAUGUGUAAGUCUCUGAUAUGUUGAGAGUUCAUACUUUUUUUUUUAUUAAUCCUUGUUACCCAGAGUUCGGUAGACAAUAUAUACAGCUUAAACACAAUGAUAUUUAUAAAACUGUUUAACUUUUGAAACCAUAUGAGAAAUUCUCAUGUCAUUUUUGUGAAGACUUUGGUAUGGGGGAAUAGGGAUUGUAAUAAUGGGGUUAUCCUUAGCCACCAUCUCUUACUGGUACCCUGUCAGUGAAUAUGAAUAGCGGAGGCGUAGUUACCGUACUAUAUUCAUCCAUUAGAAAGAAACAUCUUGAAUUAAAAUAAAAAAUUUGUGGCUAUUUUUCAAUAUGUCAACUCUUUAUUCGCAAGAAAAAAACAUAGAAAGGGUACUUACAUGAAUUAUUAAGCUACGAUUGUUGUGUCACUGAUACUUGAUAUUUAAAUGUAUAAUAUCGAUAAAUAUCACUCAUACCAAUCGAUCAUACCACCACCAUCAUAAUUGUGAGAUUAGGAAAAUACUAUGGAAGAAAUGAAGUCCUGCUGUAGUCCGGUGCUGGCAGGAAGUCAGUCUAAUUCCUUGCCCUAUAUAUAUAAGCUUCUUUGACAUUACAAUUAUCAGGAGAUUUUUUUAUGUAACACAGAAAAUAUUAAAUGACAAUGAUAAGGUAACGUUUCUUAUCUGUCACACAAACACAAUUAUGUUUGAUAAAAAAAAAUCUUCAAGUAUUUAACAUUGUACCUACCUAUAAGCACUCCAUUAUUUUUGUGAUAAGAUUAUUUUUGAGCAAUUUUUAAAGUAAACCCAUUGCGGAAGUAAAAAAUAUCACAAAAAUAUCAUAUUUAGAGAAUUACUAAUAAAAAUUUGUAUAUUUUUUUUUAGAAUAGUCAAGAAAUUUUUUCUAGUUAAAUUAUUAUUUAUAUUAUAUUAUUUAUUAACUUUUACUUGCAAUUUCGUCCGCAUAACCGGGAUUUAUUUACUUACCGGGACAAAAAGAAGCCAGUAUGUCCUUGUCUAUCCCAUAUUCCAAAUUUCAUAGUGAUUGCUUAAGCCGUUGAGGCGCUAUAAGGUAACAAACAAACUUACUAUUAUUAAUAAGGAUAAUUAUUUGUCUUCUUCAUUUUUUUUAAUAUAAAUAAUAUUUUUUCUUUUACCUAAUUCAGAUACAGAUUGAAAACACAAAUAGCUUGAAUACUAAUUGUUAAAUUAAAAUUGUAUAGAUUAAUGUUUACAUUGAAAAUGUUGCGAAAUUAUGAUAAAUAGUAAUGAAAUAGAAACAUUACAUGACAUCAUACUUUACUUGGAAAUCUAAAAUUGUAGUGGACUAUGAUUAUAAUAUGAUGAAACAAUUUAGUUUUACAUUGUGGUUGAUUUUGAGGCGACAUUUUUAAAAUUCAAUUUUUUAUUUGAUAAUGCAUUACAUUAUGCGUAACUGUGAACCCGCGAACUCCAUCUCAGAUCACAUCAUAACAUUUGACCAGGCGAGAUGGUGAUCAGAAAAAAAUCUUUAUUCCGAUGACCAAUAUGAACUAAAUUUCUAAAAGAUUUAAGUCAAAAUUAUUAUAAAUAUAGUGAUGAUAGUCCAUAAAAAAGUAAUUUUGUGAAACUAUUAAAACGGGGGGAAAUGGAUUGUUAGCAAUGGGGUUUGAAAGCCCCAUUGCUAGCAAUAUACCUUAUUAGGUCGACCUCCACGUGGUUCCCCCUGGAAACCAUCGUGAACAAUUCUUGUUGAAUUCGUCACAAUGGGCUAACUGAUCUACUUCAUCUUCACCUAUCAUCCUUCACUGGUGCCCCGCCGGUGUAUACCGAUAGCACGGGUGGGGUUACUAUUCCAUUAUCAUCCAUUAAAAAAAAAAAACUAUUAAAACUAAAUAUUAGAUUAAGAGAAAUAGGAGAUAUAGAGAAAUUAGUCUCUCAAAAUCGACCUCACCGUCCUUUAAUAAGUACUUUGGAGUUCACUAUGUUCCAUAAAACUAUUUCUCAAAGAGAUUCAGUUAAUAUAAAUCCCGGUAUUAUUCCACCGUGAUAAAAAGGAUCCUAUUUCCUUCUCAAUCUCGAAUGGUACGUGUGUGUUUUACUACUAAGAUACUUUAGGUAAUAAGUUUUAAAUAUUACAUUUGUGAGCACCUACGUAUGGAUGUAUUUUUGUUUUUAAUUAAGUUUUCUAUUGUUAGUAUUAAUUUAGAUAAAAAUAAAUCUGGGAUAGUGUUUUUAUAAUUAUCUCGACUGAACAACUGAGUUUAUUUUUAAUAAAGGAACUAUUUGUGCAUUUAAUCACAGAUAACUUAUUAACUAUCAAUCAAUCAACAAGGACAUCUCAUGCCCGCCAGAUGAUGUGUGGGCGGGCGAGGUAGGGGCCUCGGGGUAUACCCCUUCCCCGGCUUCAACUCCGGAGGCGACGACCUCCAGGCUGCUGGGUUCUUCAGCCGGCAUACACUGGUGGUCUGUGUAUGCCGGCGUGGUGUCUACUUAUUAACUAAUGUUUUAAUAUCCAUAGUAAAUCAUACGCAUGUAGAUGGCGUGUCGAGUUAAAAAAUCGUAGGUAACUCCGCUAUUUUAUAAGGUUGGUUUGGGCAGUAACAUCGACUAUAAAUAAAAUUAAUUUAUAAACUAAAAGUUUUUUGCUCUUAUUCAAUAAAUAAUGUUAUUUAUUUUAUUGUAUCAAUUAUUUUACGUAUUUAACUAUUCCAAAAAGUUGAAUGUGCCAAUUUUUUUGUAAAUAGGUUUUUAUUUAAAAAAAUUUAAAUGAAAUUACAUAAAUGUCUGAGUGUAUUAAAAAAUCCAACUGUUUGCAAAUUUUGUAAAUUUCAGUUAUAUUGUACUAGUAAAAAGUUCCUUUUUGCAUCAGAAUUGAAAAUACAUAAUCGCAAAAACUACCCAAUUUGGUACACGGGAAGAUUAUGUCUUAACAUAGCAAAUAAAAUACUUUAUGUAUCGGUUUACGCGGACAAAGUCACCAUACAACUAGUCAGUUAUGGUCGGUGUAAUAUUAACUCAGUACGUAUGUUCUUUAUGUAUAAUGCGGAUGAUAUGCUACUAAAACCAUAGAAAAAAAAUAUUAAAAUGUAGUAUAUUCAACAGAAUAUUUGAUUAUAAUAUACUUUGAAUCUAUAAACCUUACUCAGUUCUUUACAGUGCAAACUGCUAACCUAUCAACAUGGCAACCACACUAUGUUACAAUGUACAAUGUUAAAUAAAAUAAUACAUCAUGUAAGUACCUAUUAUUAAGUUAAUGUUCUCUAUGAUCUGUAAAAGUUUUACCCGAUGUGUGUGUACUUUUUUUUAUGUAUAUAGGGAUUAAAAGUACCGCGUAUUCUCUAUUAUUAGAAAAAGUUCAUUUUAAAUCUUAGGUUUACAGAUUUUAUGAUUACUUUUGUUUUUCUUUUUUUAAUGUAUUUAUGUUUGUUUUAAAUAUGGAAAAAGAAAUUAAAUGCAGUAUUUCCAACCAAUAA